AUGCAAGACGUCUUCUUUUCUGCGGCCGCAGCGCCCCAGAGUCUGACGGGGCAGGACAGCGCGCAGAUCCACGAAUGGCAGAGGGGCAAGAACCGCCCGUUCGUAACGAAGAGGUGCGUGGAGACCUACCAGGAGGGCCGCGUCCGUUGCCGCGGCGCUGGAGAUGAGCGCGACCAUCACCACGACCGACCUCAGGAUUUGGGUACGACCGCGACCAGCACCACGAUGGACUUAGACGCCAACGCGAUUGGCGAUGAGGGGGCCGCACACUUGGCCAAGGCCGAGACGAACGUGGGCAUCAUCACGAGCGACCUCCGCGUCAAGCACAUUGAUAACGAGGGAGCCGCAGCCCUAGUUCUGGCUGAACCCCUGGAGGCGAGCACGAUCAUCACCACCGCGUGGACCACCAAGGCCUUGGAGACGAACGCGGCCAUCGUCACGAUUCAUGUCGACGACGACCCGCUUGGUGCUGACGUGGUCGCAGUCCUGGCCGCCGCAGACAUGGCCAAUACCCUGCAGAGGAACGGUGCCAUCGCCAUGAUUGACUUCGAACUCAGCAAGACUGGAAGACUGGCGCAGGCGCAGGCGCAGGCGCAGGCGCAGGCGCAGGCGCAGGCGCAGGCGCAGGCGCAGGCGCAGGCGCAGGCGGCGGCCGCCGCGCAGGCGCAGGCGCAGGCGCAGCUCUUGCAGGAGCCGCGAGCAGUGUUGAAUCUAGUGCAAGCAGUGCUGAACAGCCUGCAGCACUUGCAGGGGCCGCGAGCAGUGCUGAACAGCCUGCUGUCGCUGGGCCAGGCGAGGUGGGCGGAGACCGGGCGGGCAGAGCAGAGGGAUGGCGGUGUGCCGGUCCGCUUCGCCGAGCAGCCGGAGACUCGGCGCUGCCGCGAGGAGUGGCUGGCGCCCGCGCCGCCGCCUCCGCCCGUCCGCGAGCCGGUGCGGCGGGGCCCGCAGGCGGCAGCCGCGGCGGAGCCCCGCGCCGUCCAGCAGGCUGGCGCCCAGCCCGCACAGUCGGCCGCGGUGCAGCGGUCCGUGCCGCCGCCGCCGGACCAUUUCCCCGGCAACCCGUGGGCCCUGAGCCAGAUGCCGAGCGCGGCUCCCGCAAGUGGCCGAGUCCGGCGGAGCGGGGAUCUCGUGAAGGAGCUCCGCAAGGCGUGCAGCGAGGGCUUGGCCGAGGACGUGCGCCGGCUGCUCCUGCAGGGCGCACCCCUCGACGACAACGGCGGCAAGACGCCCCUCCACUACGCCGCCCGCUUCGGCAAGGUGGACUGUGUGCGGGCGCUUCUGGAGCGCAAGGCGGACCCGAACGUCGGCGACACUGUGAGCAACGCUCGGCCAACGGACGAAGUAGAGUACUGGGCGGUCAACUAUGCGACCAAGCACCGGGACUGGACUGGACGGGACAACUGCCUGGAGGCGAUGAGCGUCCUCAGAGCUUACGGCGGCGUUCGCUGCCCCAUCGACGAGCGGCUCUCAGUCGGCGUCGUGAGGAACCAGCUGGCGAGGCUCGAGGGCGACGCCCACAGGCUCGGCAUCGUCCCGCCCUGGAAGCAGGACUCGCUGGAGGCGCCGCCGCAGGCCGCGCCGGCCCCUGCGGCGGUGGCCUCGGCCGCGGGCCGGCCCAGCGUCGCUUUACCGCUGAGCCUCUGGGAGUGCGGGCGCUGCGGGGAGCCGAACCGACCAGGCCGCGUGGUGUGCAACAACUGCGGCGCGCCGCCGUUCGCGCAGGCCGGCCGAGUGCUGCCGCCGCAAUGGGAAGGCAGGAUCAUCGAAUUCUGA